GUCCGCGGUUAUGAAUGAGGUGGGUCCUGACGCCACUAGCUACUGUUGAAAUUCCAAUGCUAACCAACUUUAGCCAGGCUGCUAAUAUGUAAUUGAGCGGAGACACACUCGUACGAAGCUGCUGUGGAUUAGAACGCACAAAUAAAAGUUGGUUUCCAGCGGAGGGACAUUGCUCAAUUCGUCUUCAUGUUCACUGCUGCGAGUGUCUCCGUCACCGCAGCCAGGACAUGUCCGGUUAGCCAGAGCGCGGCUAUCGGCGGAUAACGAACCCUGGCAGGCGAGCUAGCCCGAGCCAGCCUCGUUCGGACUGCUGGGUCUGCGGCGAGGGUCGGGGUUUGAGCAGCAGCGGGUUUUCCCCCCCGGAGGAGCAGCAGCGGCGCCGAAUGCUGUGACUACCAUGAGUCCCGCGGGCUGCCCCCAUGUCAGCGGCUUCAAAGUGGACAACUGGAAGCAGAACCUGAGGGUCAUUUAUCAGUGCUUCGUGUGGAGCGGUUCGGCGGAGACGAGGAAACGAAAGGCCAAGUCAUGUAUCUGCCACAUGUGCGGCGCCCACCUGAACAGACUUCACUCCUGCCUCUACUGCGUCUUCUUCGCCUGCUUUGCCAAAAAACACAUCCACGAACAUGCCAAGAGCAAAAGGCAUAACCUAGCUAUUGACCUGCUGUAUGGGGGAAUUUACUGCUUUAUGUGCCAAGACUACAUUUAUGACAAAGACAUGGAACAGAUUGCCAAAGAGGAGCAAAGGAAAGCAUGGAAAAUGCAAGGCAUAGGGGAGAAGUACUCAACGUGGGAGCCCACCAAGAGGGAGCUGGAGCUGCUCCGCCACAACCCCAAGAGGAGAAGAAUCACCUCCAACUGUACUAUUGGCCUUCGCGGUCUGAUAAACCUGGGCAACACAUGCUUCAUGAACUGCAUUGUCCAGGCGCUGACGCACACUCCACUAUUGCGGGACUUCUUCCUGUCUGACCGACACAAAUGUGAGAUGCAGAGCAACUCCUGCUUGGUGUGUGAGAUGUCCCAACUCUUCCAGGAGUUCUACUCAGGCCAUCGCUCUCCUCACAUCCCGUUCCGCCUCCUCCACCUGGUGUGGACUCACGCCCGUCACCUGGCUGGUUACGAGCAGCAAGAUGCCCACGAGUUCCUCAUUGCGGCGCUGGACGUCCUGCACAGACACUGCAAAGAUGAUAACGGAAAGAAAGCCAACAACCCAAACCACUGUAACUGCAUCAUCGACCAAAUCUUCACAGGGGGCCUGCAGUCUGACGUCACCUGUCAAGUCUGCCAUGGUGUUUCAACAACCAUAGACCCGUUCUGGGACAUCAGCCUGGACCUGCCAGGAUCCUCCACGCCGUUCUGGCCCCUCAGCCCCGGAGGAGACGGAUCGGCACUAAACGGAGAGAGUCACACCACCGGAGCCACAACGCUCACAGAUUGUCUCCGCAGGUUCACCAGACCAGAGCACCUGGGCAGCAGCGCUAAGAUCAAGUGCAGCGGUUGCCAUAGUUACCAGGAAUCCACUAAGCAGCUGACCAUGAAGAAGCUGCCCAUUGUGGCCUGCUUUCACCUCAAA